AAUGGGUGCUCUUCAUUAUCUUGCAAACUUGUGCACUGUUGAAAGCAUCAGAAGCAAAAGGAGGAGAUCAAUGCAGACAGUCGAAAUUAAAGUGAAAAUGGACUGCGAUGGAUGUGAGAGAAGAGUGAAGAAUGCUGUUAAAUACAUGGAAGGUGUGAAAACUGUGGAAAUUAACCGGAAGCAAAGCCGUCUAACAGUUAAUGGCUAUGUCGACCCGAACAAAGUGUUAAGGAAAGUGAAGAACACAGGGAAAAGAGCUGAAUUUUGGCCAUAUAUCCCUCACAAUGUUGUUCAUUAUUCUUAUACAUCUCAAGCUUAUGAUAAAAAGGCACCUCCUGGAUUUGUGAAAAAUCUUACACAGACACUUCCUUCUACUAAUGCAACUGAAGAACGAAUCAUGUUUUUAUUUAGCGAGGAUAAUCCCAAUGCUUGUUCUAUUAUGUGAAGGUCGAGGGCGAUCCGAGGCUGACUUCUCUCUCGAAUUAAUGGGUUCUUGAAAGGAAGAGAAUAGAUGUAAUGUGCAUGCUUGUUAUGCAUUAUUAGACGGCAUUGGAUAAUCUUAUUAUUAGACAAUAUUUUAACCCUUUUUUUACAUAAUUAUUGUUAUCGAGUAUUGUCUAUGUGACGAACUGAUGAAUAAAAGCAUGUAUUGGAGAAU